CAGGACUCAAUUCUAUUCCCGACAGAGAUAGGGUUUUAACCCGUCCAGGCUGCACUAUAUCUUUUGAAGCUAGGGUUUCUUCUUUUCUGUAAUCUCUGCUGCGCCAUCGGCAAUCGUUUUCUCAGAUCAAUACUCCGGCGCAUCCAAUAUGACGACCGUCGUUCCAACUUCCGAGGAAGAUCCCGCGCUUUCCGUGGUCAGGUUCACUGCCGAGAUGUCUUGGGCUGAAGCCGGUCCUGAGGUUGCAGAGCCUCAGGUUAGUCGACUGUGCAUAGAAGCACAGGAGCGUAUGGUGGGAGGCAGGUGGUUGGAUUUGGUGGACUUGAUGCUCACAUCUGCAGACUUGGUAUUUUCAAAAGCUUCUGAUAAAGAUCUUGAGUGCAUUUUCACUAUAAUUUCCAACCUUGUGAAGAAGCCUGAGAGUGUUGAACAAGUACGUCAGAUGGCAGAGCUUAUAUCCUCAAAAGUCACGCAGCAACCAAAUGACAAACCUUUGUUGCGCUUAAAAAUCUUGUUCAACCUGUAUAAUCUACUGGAUGACCCUAUUAGCCGCUUUCUUGUUUACAAGAAGGCCCUUAAUUUGGCAAUCAGUGGAAAGGCCACUGAACAUGUUCUAUCAUCGUUUAAAAAGAUAGACAAUAUUUUGAAGGAAUGGGACCUUGGGGUGGAGGAUCAGAGGGAGCUCUUUCGCACAGUUUCUAAUAUUUUGAAAGAACAUAAGGGGUAUACAAAAGAGUCUUUCAAGUUUCUUAUUAGGUAUCUGGCAACAUUUUCUGGUGAUGAUGCACAUACUAUGAAUGAAUCUAAGGAUGCUGCUGUCAAUACUAUUAUUGAAUUUGUUAAAGUGCCUGACAUGUAUCAGUGUGAUUUGCUUGAAAUACCAGCUGUAGCACAAUUGGAGAAGGAUGCUAAAUAUGCUCUGGUGUAUCAACUUCUUAAGAUCUUUUUGACUCAGAGGUUGGAUGCAUACUUGGAUUUCCAAGCAGCUAAUUCCACUUUAUUGAAAAGCUAUGGACUUGUCCAUGAAGAUUGCAUUGCAAAGAUGAGGUUGAUGUCAUUGGUGGAUCUAGGAUCCAGUGAAUCUGGUCGAAUUCCUUAUUCUGUGAUCAAGGAUGUUCUGCGGAUUGAUGACAAUGAAGUUGAGCCAUGGGUUGUCAAGGCAAUUACAGCAAAGUUAAUUGAUUGCAAGAUUGAUCAAAUGAAUCAAGUAAUAAUUGUGAGCCGUUCAAUUGAACGAGUGUAUGGUCCAAACCAGUGGAAAGCCCUCAGAACAAAGCUUGAAACAUGGAAGGGUAAUAUUGCCAAUCUUAUUAGCACUAUUCAAGCGAACAAAGUAGUCGAAGAUGGCUCACAAGCAGCAAUGCAAGGAUUAACGAUUCGCUGAGAUUUUUUUGCUAUGUAGUACAAUUUUUCUGUUAAACUUGAUAGAAUUUGAGACACUACUGCCUGCCCAUAUACUGCAAUAUCUGGUUUUAGUCAGACAAUAUGAGUAAUCUGAAUGCUCAAUGCAAGAGUUUUGCUUUUGCUUCUC